GCACUCCGUUCUGGCUGUCCCCAAUAAGGUUCUGCAACGGACUUGCCCUGCCACCAUGUCUCUCCGACUUCCCAGUGGAUCCAGGAGGUCCUGUCCCCGUCCCACCACUGGAUCCCUCAGGCUCUCCGGUGGGGGAGCCAGCUUUGGGGCUGGAAAUGCUUGUGGCAUUCCUGGGAUCGGAAGUGGCUUCUCUUGUGCCUUUGGCGGCAGCAGCACAUCUGGAGGAAAUGCAGGGGGCGGCAAUCUCUAUGCUGGCUUUACCGUGAACGAGGGGGGCCUCCUCUCGGGCAAUGAGAAGGUGACCAUGCAGAACCUCAACGACCGCCUAGCGUCCUACCUGGACAAUGUGCGCGCUCUGGAGGAGGCCAACGCAGACCUGGAGCAGAAAAUCAAGGGCUGGUAUGAGCAAUUCGGACCUGGCUCCUGCCGUGGCCUCGAUCAUGACUAUAGUAGAUAUUUCCCAAUAAUCGAUGAUCUUAAAAAUCAGAUCGUUGUUUCCACCACCAGCAAUGCUAAUGUUGUCCUGCAGAUCGAUAACGCCCGGCUCACAGCAGACGAUUUCAGACUCAAGUAUGAAAACGAGCUGGCUCUUCACCAGAGUGUGGAGGCCGAUGUCAACGGGCUACGCAGAGUUUUGGAUGAAAUAACCUUAUGCAGAACAGACCUGGAGAUUCAGUAUGAAACCCUAAGUGAGGAGAUGACUUACCUCAAAAAGAACCAUAAAGAGGAAAUGCAAGUUCUGCAGUGCGCAGCGGGAGGCAACGUGAACGUGGAGAUGAACGCGGCCCCCGGGGUGGACCUCACGGUCCUGCUGAACAACAUGCGAGCCGAGUACGAAGCCCUCGCGGAGCAGAACCGCAGGGACGCGGAGGCCUGGUUCAACGAAAAGAGUGCUUCUCUGCAACAGCAGAUCUCUGAGGACGUUGGAGCCACAACCUCAGCCCGGAACGAGCUGACGGAGAUGAAGCGCACCCUUCAAACCCUGGAAAUUGAACUUCAGUCUCUCUUAGCCACGAAACAGUCCCUGGAGUGCUCCUUGACCGAGACCGAGAGCAACUACUGUGCACAGCUGGCGCAGAUCCAGGCUCAGCUCGGGGCCCUGGAGGAGCAGCUGCACCAGGUCAGAACCGAGACCGAGAGCCAGAAACUCGAGUAUGAGCAGCUCCUGGGCAUCAAGGUCCUCCUGGAAAAAGAAAUCGAGACCUACUGCCUCCUCAUAGGAGGAGAUGAUGGGGCUUGUAAGUCUGGAGGUUUCAAGUCUAAAGAUUAUGGAUCUGGAAACAUGGGUCCUCAAGUCAAAGAUUCACCCAAAGCCAUAGUGGUUAAGAAAGUUCUGGAAGAGGUAGACCAACGCAGUAAAAUACUGACCACCAGGCUCCACUCCCUGGAAGAGAAAUCUCAAAGCAAUUGAUUUGAGACACAAUAGGGAACAUAUGCCAAAUAUACUCUGAGAAGAAAAAGCAUUAGCUCUCCAUCUGGAAAAAUGAGCACAUCUAAGAAAAAUGUCUGUCUGUGCCUUUCUGUUACUUUCUCUUACUGAGCAACUCAUAGCAGUAUCUCCCCAUUCGUCUGGAAGAACGUCACAUACACACAUACAAAUACCACGACUCGUUUGACAACUCUACUGCAAAUCUGUUGUCAGUUCUUUCUAGUUAAUAAACCUUCUUUUAGCAAGUUA